ACGAUUCACCUUUAUCGCACUUUUUUCGGAUUAGUUUAUUAUAUAUAAUUUUUAAAAUUCAGAAUAUGCUUUUGGCAAUUGAAUUUUAGGAAGAAAAACUACAAAUUUCAGUUUCUUACAGAGGUAAUUUUGGAGUUUUAAAAAUAAUAUAAUUUUUUUACAAAAUCAAUAAGUUAAAUGCCAAAUUGAGGCGCAGGAAUUGUUGGGUAUGUGAAAUGUUGAUUGGUAUAUGUUAGGAUCCACAUGAUGGAUCAAUUAGGCAGUCAGUAGCAAGCACAGGUAUUCAGUCUUUUCCGCUAACAACGCUAUCUGGUCUUUACGCAUUAUAAAAUCUGCAUUUCAAAAGCACCAAAAGACAAAAAUAAAAGAAAAAACUUUAACAACUCCAAAUUUGCUACCCACAAUUAUUUGAUCCUAAAUCGAUUUUUUUUGAGAAUUGCUGGUGUGUUGUUCCCUGUACUGGAAUUCCAAGCUUAUAGGAAAAAGGACAUCAUCAUUGGCUGUAUUUACUCAUUUUUACACUACACUUACUUCAAAUUUGCUUUGCUUAGUCUACAAGGGUAGUCAACUUUUUUUCCUCUUUAAUCUAACAUUUUAUUUAUGACUUAUCCAGAUUCGGAUCUAAAUCCACUACACUUCUUACAUAAAUCCUCCUCUCUCUAUUUUUGGCGGGAUUUGUUUCUGUUCAUUGCAUUUUCUUGAUAGAUUAAAGAAAAUAUAGUAUACUUCUUUGUUCGUUACUUGCUUUAAUCUAGGUUUUAGAGAUGGCUAUAGCUAGGCUUGUUCGCCACGCCAAACGCCCAUAUGGGUUUUGUGCAAAGAUGACGGCAGUAGCAGUAAUGGGUUUGUGCUUUAUAUUUGUUUGGUCUUUCUUCUCUUAUUCUUCCUCUUCUGUUACUACUCAACGAGAAAGCUUUGAUGACAUUGCUGAACCGGUAGCUGCUUCGGGCAAUAGGGCAAGCAGCAAUUCAAAGACCCUGUCUAAAGCGGAUGAACCAGAAAAGCAUGAAGAUCACAAGGUGAAAACUGAACCCGGUUUAGAAUUAAGUACAGAUGAGAAAAGUAUAAAUACUUCUGUUUCUUUGUCUGUCAAUGAGCAUAAGUCUUUGCAAAAGGAAAGUAAAGAAGCAUUAAAUGAGAAAAGGAAGAAGGGUAAAGAUGGUAUUAGGAACAAGCCUAAUGGGGUGGCAAAAGAUGGUGAUAAUGAUGUUCAAGAGGAGUCUGAGAGUGACGAAUCGGAAAAAGAAGAGGAGGGAGAAGUUGUAGUUGAUGGUAGAGAAGAGGCUACUGAUGGUCAAAUUGAAGGAAAUGGUGACGCGGAAGGAGAAGAUGUCGGUUUGACUGAAACUAUGGAUCAAGAAGAUCUGGUGAAGAUGGUGGAAGAUGAUGAGAGUGGGGAGUCACUUAAUACAGGGAAGAAAAAAAGAAAAUUUAAAGGUCCUCUGUUUGAUCCAAAAGCACAUUAUAAUUGGAGAUUAUGUAGCACAAGAAGUAAGCACAAAUACAUUCCUUGUAUUGACAUUGAGAGUAGCAGUGGAAGGCUGCAAAGUUAUAGGCAUACUGAAAGAAGUUGCCCCAGAACAUCUCCAACAUGUCUUGUUCCGCUCCCUCGUGAUGGUUAUGACUCUCCCAAGCCCUGGCCUGAGAGAAAAUCGAAGAUAUUGUAUAAAAAUGUUGCUCAUCCAAAACUUGAUUCAUUUAUUAAGAAGCAUAGUUGGUUAGUCCAGUCAGGGGAUUAUCUUACGUUUCCCGCAAAUCAAUCCGAAUUCAAGGGUGGAGUUCAGCAUUAUCUUGAAUCCAUUGAAGAGAUGGUACCAGACAUUGAAUGGGGAAAGAAUAUACGUGUAGUAUUGGACAUUGGGUGUACAGAUUCAAAAUUUGGGGAUUCUCUCCUUGAUAAGGAUGUGUUAACAUUAUCACUGGGCUUGAAGGACGACCUGGUUGAUCUAGCACAAGUCGCUCUGGAGCGGGGGUUUCCAGCAAUUGUCAGCCCUUUUGGAACUAGAAGGCUUCCUUUCCCAAGUGGUGCUUUUGAUGCUAUUCACUGUGGCGAGUGCAGUAUUCCUUGGCAUUCCCAUGGCGGUAAGCUUCUUCUAGAGAUGAACAGAAUUUUAAGGCCGGGUGGUUACUUUAUUCUGUCAACUAAACACGACAACAUUGAAGAAGAAGAAGCCAUGAUCACCUUGACAGCAUCUAUCUGUUGGAAUAUAUUAGCUCAUAAAACUGAUGAAAUUAGUGAAGUGGGUGUUAAAAUAUACCAGAAGCCUGAGUCAAAUGACAUAUAUCAGUUGAGAAGAAAGAAAAACCCACCUCUGUGCAAGGAAAACGAAAAUCCCGAUGCAGCCUGGUACGUUCCUAUGAAGACUUGUUUGCACACAAUUCCAUCAUCUAUUGAACAGCAGGGGACAGAGUGGCCUGAGGAAUGGCCAAAGAGGCUGGAAACUUAUCCGGACUGGAUGAACAAUAAAGACAAGUUGAUAGCGGACACUAACCACUGGAGAGCUAUAGUUGAAAAGUCUUAUCUGUCCGGAAUUGGUAUUGACUGGUCAAAUAUCCGUAAUGUUAUGGACAUGAAAUCCAUCAAUGGAGGGUUUGCUGCUGCUCUUUCGCAACAGAAGGUUUGGGUGAUGAAUGUUGUCCCUGUCCAUGCACCAGACACACUUCCUAUCAUAUACGAACGUGGACUGGCUGGCGUCUACCACGAUUGGUGUGAAUCCUUCGGCACAUACCCGAGAUCAUAUGAUCUUUUGCAUGCUGAUCAUCUAUUUUCGCGGCUUAAGAACAGGUGCAAGCAGGCAGUGUCAAUUAUAGUGGAAAUGGACAGGAUAUUAAGGCCUGGUGGCUGGGCAAUUAUACGUGAAAAGGUAGAGAUAUUGGAAUCAGUAGAGGGAAUACUGAAGAGUUUGCAUUGGGAUAUUCGUAUGACUUAUGCUCAAGAUAAAGAGGGUAUAUUAUGUGCACAGAAAACCAUGUGGCGACCUUGAAUCUCUGUAUAUAUCAAGUUUUGUUUUUAUUAUGAUUGAUAUCACUUCAAAAUGGAAGUAGGAAGCGAAGGUUAAGCUUUUUUUUUUUUCCUUUUUUACUUAAGCUGCCUUCCUAGCGGCAAAAUAUAUGGAUUCUUCAUUUUUUGAGCUAUGUAGGUGAUCUUAAACCCCCAACUAACUGGAUACUUACCUUGUUUUCAGCUGUUGGUUUGUAACAUAUCCAUCAUUUUAGCUCA